AUGACUACACAUACUAUUAACAACCAACGUCUUUUGCUUUCACAAGCUUCUAAAACACCUAUUACUACUUUUCGUCCACCAAAAAAUUCGAAGACUAAUAUUCUACCAACAGCUGGACCAUCAUCACGAUUACCACCCCCACCAUCAUCAUCAUCAUCAUCACGACGACCACCACCAACGUCGUCGUCAUCAGCAGCAGCAGCACGAGUUUCAAGAAAUCCAUGGACAAAUAAUAUCAUAGCAAGUACAGAAAUAACACCAAAGUCACGUAUUCUUGUAGUUCGUUCAGCAAGUCGUGGAGCAGAUGAUUCAAUAGAACCAAAUGAGGUAAAAGAAGCAGAGAAAACGAAUCCAGUUCAACUUCCAGCAGUACUAACUAAUGGACGUACAUCGGUUUAUCUUAUUCGACGACCUAUUCCAUCAGUUGAACCAACAUCCAUACAAACAAAAUUAUAUCAAGAACAAAAUGAGGAACCACCAACAACACCAACUACUACUAAUGAUGUACAAGAUGUAGAUACUCUUAGUCCUACAGAAGACACUGUAACUUCACCUACUCAAGUCGAAUCAUCUUUAAUACGUCCAAAAACUUCUAAACAUCGUACACCUUUUACACGUUCUGAAAGUCCUGAAGAAAAUUCACCUGUGAAUAUACAUAAUGAGAGUUCUACAAUUCAUUCUCCUGAUAGUUCAAAACAUCUUAUAACUUCACCAACACAAUCUGGAAACUCUGAACAAAUUAAACCUCGAUCAAGAUCAAAAUCUGUAAGACGAAUAUUAGUUCAUUCACGUUCUCGAAGUCGAUCAGCACGAAGACAACGUCGUAGAUCUCCAACAGAACGUUCACCAUCUCCAUCACCUCCUAUACAACAAGAAUCUAAACAGACUGAUAAAAGACGAAAUUUUUUUUCAUUUUCACGAACAAAAAGUACAGCUGUACAAGCUGAUUUACCUUCUUCUGAAACAAUUGAAAAAGAACAACGAAUUAUUCGAAAUAUUCGUCCAACAGUUACAAGAAAUUCUCAACGAAUUAAAUCUUCGAAAUCAAUUGUACUUGUCAAUCCAGAUGAUCAAACUAUUGCUGUUGUAGAAAAUCCAUAUGUUAAAGGAGAUUCAAUUACACCAAUUUUAAAACGUCCAGUAUCUGUAAAGAAUGCUCGAUUUCUCAACGAUGGACAAUCAAUAGGAGAAUCAAAUAAAAGAUCUCGAUUGAAUUCAUGUCUUAAUUGUCUAUCACGACGUAAAUGUUUAAUUAUUAUUAUUUGUAUUAUUCUUGCUAUAAUUGGUUUAGUUGGUGUUGGUGUUAGUGCUUAUUUUCUAGCUACUGAUUCUAAAACAAAUCUUAUACCAAAAAUUGUUGGUAUAGCUGUCGGUGGUUUAAUAGCUAUAAUUGCUUUAACUUUCUUAUAUUGUAUAUUGGCAUGUAUUGAUUCUCGUGAUGAUUAUUUUUCAUAUGAUGAUGAUGUUCCAUAUACUGGUAGUAAAGUUUUUACAGUAAUACCAUCUUCACAUCCAAAUACUCAUCUUAGAUCAAAUAUUCAACAAUCAACAAUCAAUCGACAAAAACCAAUAACAACUGAUAUAAAUAGUACAAAUAAUGGAAAAAAUCUUAUAAUUCAAAUGCCUGAACGUCUUCUAACAGCAAGAAAAUUAUCACCAAAAUCACAAGAACGUAAAAUAAAUAAUGUAGUUAAUAAUAUAGGACGUAUUGUUCAAGAUGCUAAAAAACGAUAUAAUGGUGAUGUACCAAAUAAAGUUAUUGUCAAAGUCGAUGAAAAUGUUAAACCAUCUACUUAA